CGUAUGGAGUGAACGUUGUGAUUUGGUCGCGGUGACGUAACGAGACUCGAUACGCCGGUUUCGCGUAAUAACAGCACCCACAGAUGCGAAAAACAGCGGCAGAUUAAUUAACGAUGAGCGUGGAUUAACUAUUGUAACAGUCCGGGAAUGCGCGGUUAACGUAUUGUGAUUUUUCCGGAAGCGACGAGAGUUCCCGUCGGAUGAGCGUUUUGGUGGAAAUCGGUUAAGUGCGACGCCGACCGGACGACCCAUCGGAACGAAUUCAAAUGUGUUUAUGUAUAUAAUGAGUUGUUCUGAAGUUAUGUACCAGGCGUAUUAUCCGUACUUGUACCAGCGUGCUGGGGCUGCGCCUCCCGUAUCAGCCCAUCCUGUACCGAGGACGGGACCUUUUAGCUCGCCGUUCGGUGCUGCCCAUCAAUAUGACCGGUUUAACGUUCAACGGCUCCAAGACGCCCACACCCUUUCGGCCCAGAGCUCGGUGUCGGGCGCCGCGUCGUCGGCGUCGGCGGCGUCGGUGGGCGCCGGUAGCGUCCUGGGCGACACCCAUGCUAUUGGCGCGUCGUCCGUUCACCCCCACCAUCCCCUCUACUUGCAGGGAUCCGCGCAUAGUAGUGGGGGUUCCGUGAGCUCUACGGGAGGUGGUUCUCCUACCAGCCCUCUCAGGCCUGGAAAAGAAGAAGACUGCAGUUUACACGGUAGGAGUAGUACUGAAGGUCAUCAGCAAGCUGACGAUGACGAUUCCCAAGACGGGGGUGGCGGUUCUAGGGCGCAAUACGUGUCUGCCAAUUGCGUCGUCUUCACGCAUUACCAAGGAGACACUGCGGCCGUGGUCGACGAACACUUCAACAGGGCGUUAGAUAAAACCUCGACGCAUUCUAAAGAAAGUUCGCCGAUGUCGGCAAGAAACUUUCCCCCUUCUUUCUGGAACAGUCAGCAUUACGCAGGCGCGAGCGGAGGUCACCACGGUACUUCUGCAGCUGACCUCUACUCCGAGCACUACCAUCCGGGAGACGCUUGGUACCAAUACAGUCAGCACCAUCGCGCCGUGCACGACUAUCACCACCACAACAUGGCCGCCCAGUAUGGGGGUCUGUUGCUGCCAGGGUCGCGCUUACAUAUGAGCUCACACGCCCCCUGCAAGGCGAUGGACUGGCAGCAUCCCUCUAUCGAAUCGGCGUACUCGUCGUACCCUUCAAUGUCAGGUCUAGAAGCGCAAGUCCAAGACUCGUCGAAAGACCUGUACUGGUUCUGAACUGGACGCGAUGGGCGACUGUGUAUAGUUAAUUUUAAGUGAAACGUGAUUUUAAGUGUAAUAUAAAAAAGUACAAACUGUUUUAUUUAAAUUUUCGACGGGAGUCGCGCGCGAGCGCCCACGCCAUUUUGAAAACGUUUAUUUUAAAUAAAUGUUCCUUAUUUUUGUCAGAACGUUGUAUGAUUGACGAUGCAAAGUCUGAUGUAAGUAUUAAAGUUACAGAU